GGGGCGUCUGUCUGAAGUUUCCAGGAGAGCGGACACAGUCCAAGCAAAGGACCUAGGCGAUCGCCCAACUCCCACGAGAGUGCUGGACGUGCGGCUACAACCAGGCCCUAGAUUUGGUCUCUGCCUCUCCCGCUCCGACGCCCCCGCACGGACGCCACCAGCCCAGCUUCCUCCCGACCCCGAAAUCCUGGACCUAGCGUGGGGCCACCUCUCGCUCCUGGAAGGAUCGGUUGCCGCUUUAAGGGAAAGAGGAGGGGAAGGGGCGGGGGAGUGGGGGGCGGGGAGAGGCGGCAGAGGAGGGGGAGGGGGGAUCCCCCUCGCUCCCACGUGGUCCGGGCGCCUGUGAAUCGCGCCCGCCGGAGGGUCUCACAGCGAAAUACAAAAGCAGCUGGGAAGCCACGGCGAGGCGAGUUCCCAGCGCCCGAGCAGAGCGCUGGCCAGAGCCCCGCAGAGCUCCGCGGCCGCGAUGGGGCUCCGGCACCCGAAGUCCCGGAGCCAGCCUGCAGCCGGGCCCGCCUCACCGCCCGCGUCCGGGCGCCCGGGCUUGGCUUGAAGCGGCAGCGGCGGCACCGGCGCGCCGGCAGGAGCAUGGGGCGGAGGAUGCGGAGCGCCGCCGCUGCCGCGGGGCUCUGGCUGCUGGCGUUGGGCUCGCUGCUGACGCUGUGGGGAGGGCUCCUGCCACCACGGACCGAACUGCCAGCCUCCUGGCCGCCCGAAGAUCGACUCCCCAGGCAUCCGACCCAGAGUGGCGGCCCCGCGCCCGAGCCGCGCUUCCCUCUGCCCCCGCCCCUAGCGUGGGACGCCCGCGGCGGCUCCCUGAAAACUUUCCGGGCGCUACUCACCCUGGCGGCCGGCGCAGAUAACCCGCCUGGGAGGCACCCGGACGAUCACGGGCGGCACGUGCCAGCCGGACUUCCCGAGCCCGCGGAGCGCACGGCGGUACACGGGGGCAUCUUCUGGAGCCGCGGCCUGGAGGAGCAGGUGCCCCGGGGCUUUUCCGAAGCCCAGGCGGCAGCGUGGCUGGAGGUGGCGCGGGGUGCUCGGGUAGUGGCCCUGGAUCGCGGAAGCUGCGGACGCAGUUCCAACCGCCUAGCCCGCUUUGCCGACGGCACCCGUGCCUGUGUACGCUAUGGCAUCAACCCGGAGCAGAUCCAGGGUGAGGCCCUGUCCUACUACCUUGCGCGCCUGCUGGGCCUCCAGCGCCACGUGCCGCCGCUGGCACUGGCUCGGGUGGAGGCUCGGGGCGCUCAGUGGGUGCAGGUGCAGGAGGAGCUGCGCGCCGCGCACUGGACCGAGGGCAGCGUGGUGAGCCUGACGCGCUGGCUGCCCAACCUCACCGACGUGGUGGUGCCCGAGCCCUGGCGAUCAGAAGACGGCCGUCUGCGGCCCCUGCGCGACGCCGGGGGCGAGCUGACCAACCUUAGCCAGGCAGAGCUAGUGGACUUGGUACAAUGGACCGAUCUGAUCCUCUUCGAUUAUCUGACGGCCAACUUCGACCGGCUCGUAAGCAACCUCUUCAGUUUGCAGUGGGACCCACGCGUUAUGCACCGCGCUACGAGCAACCUGCACCGAGGACCGGGAGGGGCGUUGGUCUUUCUGGACAAUGAGGCGGGUUUGGUACACGGUUACCGGGUGGCCGGCAUGUGGGACAAGUAUAACGAGCCGCUGUUACAGUCAGUGUGUGUGUUCCGAGAGCGGACUGCUAGGCGGGUCUUGGAGCUGCACCGGGGUCAAGACGCCGCGGCCCGGCUGCUGCGCCUCUACACUCGCCACGAACCACGUUUCCCAGAGCUGGCCGAGCUCGCAGACCCCCAUGCUCAGCUGCUACAGCGCCGCCUUGACUUCCUAGCCAAGCACAUUUUGCACUGCAAGGCCAAGUACGGCCGCCGGCCCGGGGACUUAAUGGCACUCCGAGGAAGAGAGGGAGUGGGUUAUGAAUGAUGGUUAGAGGGCUGUCUUCUCUGCCACUGGCUAGGACCAACCGGCCAACGCCCACACAGCGGCCUGAUCGCGAAGCUGUCUAAAAACUUGUGUUUUAACCCACUUGCCCCUUUCUUUUCAUGCCAGGCGGUUUCCUUUCCAAGUUCUGGAAGGGCAAACUCACUGAGGCGAGAAUUAUAACAUUCCCUCCACCCAGCUUUUAAAAGGGAUUCUUUUCUGUGCUUGCGUGGAGAUUGGAUCCGAAGAAACUGGCUGCUGGGGUUUGGCCCCCGAAUGGCAGUCUCUAUGGGAGAUGCAGACCAUUCUUGUCGCUCUCUCCACCCCUUCCCAAAAAGGAAAACUUCCGUUUGAGCCCUUGAGCUAAUCCUGUUAUUUCCUAUCAAACACGGUACGGGUGGAAGCAGAGCAGGCUGUGACAAGGGCCGGUGGAGCCCCCUUCCUGUGUUCUCCCUUUGUUCCAGCGCCGCGAUGGAGAGAUAACUGUUCCAGGCUGAGGGACAGCUCUGGAUAGGACAAAGAACAAGACUCCCCCACCCCUGGGAGCCCUACAGACCCUGGCCAUUUGUCUGACUCAUUCCCCAGUUCUAGUCAUUUUGGCCUGAAGGCUGUGAAUUCAGGACUAGCUGUGUGCAGCAGAGUCAGUAAUGAAUCUCUUCCUGCUUCUCCCAGCUGACCAAAAAAUAUGACAGUGAUGAUGCUCACCAGAAGAAGAAAAAAAAAGUCAAAUCCAUGCACUUUACUUUGUUUUUAAUUUUUUAGUAAGAAAAACUUUUUUAUUUGACAGAUUCUGCCUUCUAUGUAUAUAUGUGCAUAAAUUGUGGUGUAAAUAGACUAAACAAACUUAUAUUUCAAUAAAAGGGAGUUUAAAGUUUAGAAUUUAA